AUGGCUAGCUACACAAUCCAAAGGGCUGGAAGCACCUCCAGUGCGGGUCGCCAGGCUGCCAUCACGCUCUUGCCAGACGACCUGCUGGCCUAUGCUUUCAGCUGGCUGGACUUCCAGGAGAGGCAGCGGGUGCUCCCCCUGGUCUGCAAGCGCUGGGAGCAGGUGGCCCACUUCCCCAGCCUGCUGGACAGCGUGAAGGUCUGCAUAGAGACAGAGUACAUGUGUGACGGCGAGCUGCUGCUGCCGCCACUUCGCUGUUUCUGCCGCUGGCUGGAGCGGCGUGCGGCUGGCAGCGUGCAGCGGCUGGACAUCUCGCUUGACUCCCCCACGGGACUCGGCGGCACGGCGUUUGGGCCCAAGCUUGCUGCCGCCGCCGCCGUGCCCGGGGGGCAGCGCGGCGGCGGCGGGGGCACGCUGCGACGCCCCCGUGCUGCCGAGUUGCGGCCGUAG